AUGGCUCAAUCUUCAAAAGAUCAAUCUAGUCUGGAAUACAUCAUCAACCAUGUAUUUCUUCCCCUCAAGCUGCCGCAAGGAAGUGAUCAUUCCCUUGAGAAUGACCUGGCCUUAUCUCGGGAAGUAUUUGGUGCUGCUCUCGCCUUUAGGGACCAGCUGCCGUAUAAUAAGCUACUGCUUUGGACGAGCAGCGUUAAAAUGCUGCGCAAUCUCAAAGAUUCAAUCAGAUUCAGCGUGAUGUCUGCACAGGAAGUAGAAUCUCAAAUCAACGCUAUGGACAACAAAGAUGUCCUUGUAUAUAUUAUUCGGGCGCAAAACGCUGCGGUGGUCAUGAGAAGGCUCAAAUCCGAGACCAUAUUCGAAUCAUUUGAGGUCUCUCCUGACCCCACCGCAGUGAUGGGCGCAAAGGGAAAGCUGAUCUGUUCUUAUCCAGGACCUGCUGUCACAGUCCCAGACAUGAACAUCGACAAUGCUACCUUUUCUGCCGAGCUGGCGAAUUUUCUCGUUUGCAUGGAUCGAGAUGUCCUUGAUGCGGCAGCGACGAGGAACAAAGCCAAUUCCACUGUUCUAGAAGAGAGGGACACAACGCAUCCCCGUUAUAUCACAGAACUCCUGACCGGGAUACUGCGUGGCCUCGGUAGCAUCGCUGAUGUUCCUCGCAUCCGCAAGCGCAUUGGAGAUGAUGUACUGUGGGACAGCGCGAAAUUGCCGUGGAGGCGGUCUCCACUUUGGCUUGUCAUUCGUGUUGCCUUACAGACGACUUUGGAGCGCAGUGCUCUAGGACGAACGACGUAUAAAUCGUUCAUGCUGUUCUUUAUGGCGAGGCUCACGAACAUUGUCAUUGAACGUAACUUUUCGAAUGACAUCUUGCACUUCAUAUCGACAAAGAUCGCGCGCCGCCUUUUCAAGCUUGGAUCUUCCGCUUCUCCGGAGGUAUCGCGGAUAGCCAGCACGGUCACCAGGGAUGUAAGGAGUAUCAUGGAGGAAAGAUGGACAUCCAUUCAAUAUGCGCAGCUAGCCUCACGUCAUUGGGCUCCCCAGAACCUCCGAUUCUCGCGAGAUACCCAUCUUUCCUUGAACACAAGCCGAGAGUACAUACUCCAAGCUUUGCAGAACCAGCAUUCAUCCCCUCAACCAUCCCCAUUCAAUCCCAGCCAUCAUGUGCGCGGGUCAAUCAACGAUUUCCUUGACGCUGAUGCGAGCUUCCUGAUAGCCGCUCAUGCUGCAGCACCGUCUCUUGCCCUCGCAGACUUCGAGACUGCCACUAGAUCAGGGAUUGAUGGCUGGGUAGCGCGCGUGUCACUUCAGAGCAUCGAUGCCGCAUGUGUCGUGAUUGAGGCGUGCGCCUCCGCGUACUCCUCGAGAGCGUUGAAAGCUUACAGCGGAAAUCCGGAGAAUUUGUCGAUCAUGCUUCUCACACUUUUCGAGCUCUGGGUAGCCAUGGAUAAGCUCGUUAUUACCCAAAUGCCACUCGUGAGAGAAUACUCCCCCGAAAUCCCAUUGAACAUUUGGGAGUGGCUUUUAAUCCGCAAAUAUUCUGCCCUCGAUCGUUUGAAGAUAUUGCACACCCACCUGAAAGAUCGUCACUACCAUGCUUCCAGAGAUCUGUCGGCGUUCUCGCUUACCAACGAUAGCAGGUCGUUCGCAGCGCGAUAUUUUGACCAGUCACCGAAGCUGCAGAAUUUGAAGGAUCGCAUCGAGGCGGAUGCCCGGAAUCAGCGGAACAGGAAGUUGACUGAACUUCGGACCCUCAACAAGAGGUACAGUGACUUAGAGAGGAGCGCAGCAAGCUUAUCGCACAAAUACGAUGUCAACUCCCGCGGCGAGGAUUACCACGAUAAAUGGCAAUGCCAAUUGUGCCGCGUGGAGAGGGAGAUGCGAUCCAUUACUAUUACAGUUCACGAAUGGCCGCUACCAGAGCGUGAACAGGAGGCGAUCGUGGUCGUAUUUGAGCUAGCGUGCCCAAUUGCAUUCGACAUGUGGAGAUGUAUGACAUUCCACAUCAUCGUUGAUGUCUGCACUCCAGAAAAGAUUCCACCCACUGAUCCCUUCAUGACACUGCCAAAAUACGAUGCCUUGCAGGAAUAUCGCACGUGCCAUUCAAGGCAAAGGUUGACUUUGGCGUCGAAUGCCAAACCCUUCACCAAGUGUCAUUACCGUGACACUCACAUUCCCACGCAAGAUGUGCGCGUCUGUGUAAACAACGGACUCAUUUUUAGGCUUUUCGAUACAACCACAGACGCAUGGGCGGAAGAUGUACUGCUGCAUUGCGAUACUAGCAAGCUGUGCACUUUCUUGCUUCCAAAGGGACCAUAUCAUGGUUUGCAGCAGUACCUUACAAAAACAUCCCACACGUCGAACGAGGUCAUAGCCAAUCAGGCAGAUUGUCAUAAUGACAUGACCCUCCACGAAUUCAUCGCGUUUGGAACCUUGCGGAGUGGACCGCGUUUACAAUGGAUGAAUGUCCUCCGAGAGCUUCACGCGAGGACGCUCAAUUUUCGACGUGAGGAAGUCCAUCUACUGUUGGCGCAAACUGUUUCACAGGUCGGCCCAUUGUCGUCCGACAACGACCUUAUUUGGCACGAGGAGCUGAACAGUGUGCCCUUCCUGAGUGCACUACUUGGAGAGUUGGAGGAUUUGAUGGCGAGCGUUGAAGGAAAUUGGUUGGAAUGUGUCACGAUCAGCACCAUCAUCAUGGUCGUAUGCCGUGUCUUGUACUUGACCCAGGAAGAAAGCAUCAAAAGUCGCGGAUAUUCGCUUCUUCGAAGGAUACGAACUGUGACAUUUACGUUGCUGAUGCAGCUAUCAGGGAAAAUGCAAGCUAGCAACGACGAGACAGUCAGCCGGGAUUUACAAGGGCGCGUUCGUGAUAUGGCAGUCACCUGUCGUAGCACCUUCGAUGUCGACGGAGACUCUUCACUGCUCCUGACGUCGAACGCUGACAUCGAGACAUUUGCAUAUUGUGCGGUCAUGAUUUAUGACAACACUCCAAGCCAACUGGACGAUCUUCCCCAACAUUCCAAACUGCUGCUAGAGCGGGACAGGAGAUGCUGUCACACGUUGGAACCCGCUAUUCGUCAAUACGCAGAGCUACGAAAGGAGGGUCUUGAUCGUGCGAUGGAAAAGAUUUGGGGCAGCUACAGACAAGGAACUCCUUGGAGGGCACUGCCGGCUCCGAAUUCUCGCUGGCUUGUGGCGCAGACUGCGCCUUCUCAUUCUCAAUCGCCACAAGAUGUGCAUUUCAAUUUGAUCAGUGGAUGCUUGCUUGUCGGCGGGAAGCCACUGGGUAGGCUCCCUUCAGAGAUAGUGCAACAUCCUACGUACCAAUAUAUUUUCGGCAAUCAAGUUCUAGACAUCGUUCCAGCUGAUAUUCCUGGAAUGGAGUAUGCGACACGCGGGACCGUCUGUGACCAUCAGGUGUCUUUUGCUCUCCACGACUCGAAUGAUCUCAUCAUCUGCGCAAAGCAUAUCGAGCAACGAUCACCUACCCUGCAGCUCAUUCCAAGCCAAAAGUUUGUGGGCGACCUACCGACAAUCUUGAUAGAAGUCCAUACUCAUUGGCUCAACCUGAGCACAAGUGAGAUUGAGAUUCGCCCAGCAGGGAAUGUGUGGAACUUUUCACCUGAUAAUUGGGUCUUGCGAUUUGCUGUUUCGGGCUCUUCGACGGUGCAGAAUGCCAGCGGUGCCACCCUUAUCGACAUACGCAGCCAAACAUGGGACAUGAUCUCAAAGAGGAUGCGUCCUCUGGAGAAUGCACGCUUCAUCAUGGUCACAUACAACAGAGCAUCCGGCAGUACCCCCUUGUUGAAGGCUGAUUUACCUCGAUAUGGCCUCGAAUUCUUUAUUGACGAUGAUGGAGAACUGCAGUCCCGUAACAUGCGCAACAUGGUUGUCGACGCCAUUCAGUAUACUGGCACGAUGUUGGGGCUGAAAAACAAGCUCGUCUUGCGCCCGAAGUCCAACAUUGCAGACGAGCACCCACGCACCAUCAUCAUCCCAGACGGUCGUAUCUCAUACUCUGUUAAAGGUCAUCACGUCAAGGUCACCAUCACUCCUGAAGCCUCCAGAGUGACGUUCUACGUGUACAGGGUUGAUACAGAUCUACACUGUCUCACUGGGAACGUGGGUCUGACAAGCAAACUCUAUCAGGCGCUCCUCCACGCUGUGACCAGCGGAUGUCUGCCUGAUCCGUUGACGGGUCGAACUGGGACAGAGGAGGCGCUGCAUCUCUUGCACUCAGCAGCUUGCCGGUCUUUCAUGAAGCUCCGCCCUCGCGACACAGAUCUUUUGCGCGAUAUCAGUUUGUUGUCAACCAUGCGUGUCUGGUAUCCCACUCAUCUUCAAAAGAUGCAGACAGUUUCGUGGUCAUGUCUUUCGUCCCUCGCACAGCACCAUGGUUUUCAUCCAGCUGCGAAGUCUAUCAUGGACUACGGCAUGCAACUUUCGGCUUUCUCAGAAGGAUCUUCAAACCAUUCCGCCUUUGAUCUUCCACCAUUCACGAACCACCUUCUCGAGCGUGCAUCCAUUCGUGCCUCGGCAGUCUAUCCUGACCAGUUCUCUCUUCCACUUCCACUCGGUGACACAGAUGUGAUCUAUGCUUCACGCCAUAUUCCCGACAAAUUUGCGGAAGAGAGGGCAUUCAAAACCGCCUUCAUGGUGAAUCAAUGGCCAAGCAGACUUCCAGUGCAAUGUAAUCUCCUUAUUUUGUUGACUCAGUGGGAAAGUGUUCAGGGCAUAAGCAACUCGUUCAGCUUGCGAUACUCCAAAGACUGGCUUCAGCCAACGUUUCCUGACGUCUUCCUUUCUGCGUACGACCACUGUCGCAGGGCUACAAAAAAAGACGCAUCUCAGCUUAUGUUUACCCUGGCUUCUGUAUCAUACAGCUUGUUGGAUGACUGUUCGCUCGUCCCAACACUCCUAGCCUUCGCCACAAUUCCCGAAAUUCGCAGCUUGGGUAGCCCACCGAAUUUCGCCUGCUAUGAUCUCUCGGACGGUUUCAUGCCGUCCGACAGGGUGUUGGGCAAUAUCAUCAAUUCGUGCUCCAUAUAUUACGAGAACAGCCAGGAGAGACGCCUAGCUCCAAGGCCUGGGGAAGAUGAAAAAGCUCUGGGAAAGCGUCGUUUUGCAGCUUUCGAAGACGAAUGCGAGUCUCAAAAGCAAGCCAUUCUCAGCACAGUUCGGGAUGCUUGGCCGUGUGAACAUCCUCCGGCACUUCAGAUGCUGCAAGCGAACUGCUACGAUUUCAAUAAACUAUCGGAGAAACUUUCCCAAGUAUUUCGCAGCUGUUGGCGAAACCGUUGUUUGGAGCUACAUCUGGAUGACCUGCAGGAGACCCUCGAACGGUUCUACACUCUUAAUCCUCCUUCGAAACUACCCUCUCAAUACAAUCUUGAUUCCCACCUUGAAGACUCGGCCGUUGCAUCUCCGGCCUCAUCAGUUGAUGCCCAGUACCUGUUCGAUAGAGAUCCGCCUGUGAUAAAAAUGUGCAGGUCUCCCCAAGUUCUGCCCGAUUACAAUCAGAGAUUUUUGGUACCUCCAGACCACCGAGUCACAGCGAGGUUGCAACAGCUGAUCGACGACUUUCGCGUCCGAGGAAAUGACCAAUUUCGCCGCAAAUAUGCCAAUGAUCUAGAGGAUAGCAAGUCGAUUUACUGUGAAGAAAAGAUUGCUACACAGCCAGAUUCUGCGCCAUACACGAUGAAAGUAUUGCUAAAGUACCAUCGCCUCCAUAUCUCGCAAUUCCGAAAUUCACUUGCAACUAUCGCAUACGCCCUCUCCCCUGCUUCUGCCGCCGAGACCACAUUAUACAACGCUGGAUUAUGGCCCCGAGUUUCACCAAACUUUCUCUUCACUCGCAUGGCGUCUGCAGCGGGAAAUUCUUUGGGGAAGGCCUGGCGUAGGACUCUUGUCCACCUGUCACAGAUUCUUUUGCAACUGCAACAUUCAAGAAGACUGUUGGUAUUUGCCGCUAACAAAAACUGGGUUGAGUUCUUCAAGGAAUUGGAGAGCAAAGCAUGCGAGGGGUUUAAUCCAGAGCUGUAUCCCGACUGGCUUUUAAUACAGAUUGAAAGUCAGUUCUUGGCACGGCCUGUCCAGGUUAAGGUUGCGCAGGAGAUGAUGUCGCCAUCCGCAAGACGAAAUACUUCUCUCCAGCUGAACAUGGGCGAAGGCAAAUCCUACGUGAUUGUUCCUCUCGCAGCGGCCGCACUUUCCGAUGGCCACAAACUGGUUCGAGUAAUUGUGCUGAAGUCGUUGUCUGCUCAAAUGUUCCAGCUUCUAGUUGAACGACUGAGUGGCCUUGCUCAGAGGCGCAUUUUCUAUAUUCCAUUCUCCCGCGCACUCUCUAUCGACUCAUCGAAGGUGAAAAUGUAUCGUGACCUGAUGCAGGAAUGCAUGGACACCAAGGGCAUUUUGGUCGUACAACCGGACCAUAUUCUGUCGUUUCAGUUAAUGGCUGUUGACCGUCAGCUGUACCCUGAGACUGAAGCUGCUGAAGAUAUACUGCAGACUCAGCUGUGGCUCGACAAUCACACACGCGACAUCCUGGACGAAAGCGAUGAAAUUCUGCAUGUCCGCUACCAACUGGUGUACACUGUGGGUCUUCAAAGGUCGCUUCAAGGACAUCCCGAAAGGUGGACAACGACACAACAAGUGUUGGGUCUCGUCGCAAAGCACACCACCAGGUUCAUGAGCGAAUUUCCCUCUCACUACUCUGAAGUAUCUUCUCGCAAACACGGAGUGUUCCCCUUCGUUCGAAUUCUCCACCCGACAGCAGGCGACGCAUUGGUCCAAUGGAUCGCACAUGAUGUCACCAGUGGGGCGCUUGAAAACAUCAGCUUCGACCAAGCAUCUUUGCAUGUGAAGCAAACCGUCCACCAAUUCAUCGCAACUGAGAAGAUAUCCAACACUUGCAUCAGCUUAGUGGAGAAGUGGUACAGACACACCACCGUCUGGCCCGGCCUCCUAGUUCUGCGUGGAUUGCUGGCAUGUGGUAUAUUGGUGCACACCCUCAAAGAACGUCGCUGGCGCGUUGAUUAUGGCCUCGCCCCAAAACGAACAAUGUUAGCCGUUCCCUUCCGCGCCAAAGAUAUGCCCUCGCUGCGGGCAGAGUUUGGCCAUCCGGACAUUGCUGUCACCCUCACAUGCCUGUCAUACUACUAUGGGGGUCUCACACUCCAGCAGCUGAUGUUGUGCUUUGAGCUCCUGUUGAAGCAGGACAAUCCCGCCCUCGAAUAUGAAUCAUGGGUGCUUGGACUUCAGUCCGUCCCAGAAAGUCUGCUUCAUCCUAGCGGGAUCAAUACGGAAUCUGCAGAUCAGCUCCAUGACCUGCAGCAACUGUUUGAAUUCAACAAGAAAGUCAUAGAUUUCUACCUGUCCCGGGUCGUUUUCCCCAAGGAAGCCAAGGGAUUCCCAAAUAAGCUCACCUGCUCCGGAUGGGAUCUCGCUCAAGAGAAGAGACAUUUUACAACCGGCUUUUCUGGAACAAACGAUAAUCGAUAUUUGCUACCAAGCUCGAUUGUGCAGCGCGACCUCGACUACCAACGCAGCACGAACGCCCGAGUCCUAGCUUUCCUUCUGCGCCCGGAGAAUAAUUGCUACACAUGCAUACCACCCGACCGAAAUGCGAAACAUUUCAUCCAUACCUUGAUUGCACAGACUCCCGAGGUCCGCGUGCUCCUCGACGUGGGAGCGCAGAUGCUGGAUUUGAGAAACCAGGAAUUUGCCGAAACAUGGCUUCGAGUCAAGCGCGACGCCCAAGCCGCAGUGUUCGUGAACGACGACGAUGAACUUGUUGUUGUCAAACGGGAUGGGACAGUAGAGCCCCUUGUGUCAUCCCCCUUUGCCCAGCAGCUUGACCAGUGCGUGGUAUAUCUGGAUGACGCGCACACCAGAGGAACGGAUAUCAAGCUGCCUUCUGGCUUCCGAGCUGCUGUCACACUGGGUCCCAAAGUCACGAAAGAUCGUCUAAUGCAAGGAUGCAUGCGAAUGCGGAAGCUGGGCAAUGGGCAAUCAGUAAUGUUCUUCGCUCCGACGGAAGUUGACCGGAGCAUUCGUUCGGCGACUCGGAAACCUGAUACCGAUGGUGUCGAUGUGGCAGACGUCCUGCAUUGGACGAUGCUCGAAACCUGUAUUGAUAUUCAGACGCGAGCAUUCCACUGGGCUCAACAAGGAUCGAAUUUUAAGACACGACAUUCCGCAUGGACUCAAUUUUCGCGCGCGCCCACUACUUCGGUUCCCACCCUGAAAACAGCCUGGUUGCAGCCAGAGGAGCGUUCAUUGGAGGAUAUGUACGCACCAUGCAAUUCCUCACAGGCAUCCCAGGUUUGCGAUCCAGACAUUCAAAAGAAGUACGAGGAGCUUGGAGUUGUAGCAGGACCCGAAAGGAGCAUGGACGAGGAACAAGAAAGGGAGGUGGUCCACGAGGUAGAGAGAGAACGGCAAGUUCAAAGACCACCCAAGGUCAAUCCUGCAGCCCAAGACCUCCAUGUGGACGUUCGUCGAUUCAUCCAGACCGGCCUAAUUCCCACCGGGUCCCCCGCAUUCAUUCCAAUGCUAUCCGGCCUUGACAACACUUCUGCUGAAUUUGAUGAGGGCGAUCAAUGGGGGCGCGAUGUUUUAGUCACCCUUGACUUCGCUCGUACCGUGGGGGCUCUCUUUUCCAUCGAGAAAGUGGAUGAUUAUCUGCGGCCCGUCAAUUGGAUCGUAUCCAGUAACGUUGGAGUGCUGGUAGUCAUGAGCCCGAACGAAGUGAACACACUGCUGCCCGAUAUCCGCGAAAGCCCUGUAAUUCAUUUGUGCGUUUAUACUCCUCGCACCACAAAAAAGAUGCAGGCAUGCGAUGACCUUCGACUCUACUGUGUCCCUUCAACGCCAUGGCUGACACCAUCAGUACCGCUUAUUUGCCAGCUCAACCUUUUUGCCGGCCAACUCUACUUCUCCAGUUACGAGAUGUAUCUCCACACUUGCAAUUUCUUAGGGCUCAACGCACCGGAUCUAGGGGAUGAGGAGUUGAUAGCCGAGAGCGACGGGUUCAUCAGCGAGGAGAAUCGCCCUUCUGCGAGAAAAUUGUGCUCGUUCAAGCGAUCCCAGCUUCCUCCAUUGAAGGAGUUGUUCGGAAUGAGAAGGAAAGGCAUGGGGUAUUCACCAACUCACCUCGGAAAGAUGCUCAAUGGCCGCAUUCUGACUGAGGAGGAUUUUCUCGACUUUAGCGCUGGGAGGCGCUGGGUCUGUUUAGCAUAAUUUUUAGCGCAGUUCAGGUCAACAACGAUUGUACCAUAACACUGCAAAUUGUAUGGCCG